AUGUCGGAUCCGUUGGGCUAUACUGUAGCUUGGGUUUGUAGCGACACCACCGAAUGUGUCGUCGCCCGAGAAUUCCUCGAUGAGGAACAUGAUAGUCCUAUAAAUUCGUCGCCUUCGGACAAAAUCAUCUAUACAUUGGGUCGAAUUUGGGAGCAUAACGUGGUCAUAGCGACUUUAGCACGAAGAUUCUGGGGCAUAUACUCGACUACUCGUGUGGUACUGGACCUGCAAAAAACCUUUCCUAACAUUCGCAUCUGCCUCAUGGUUGGCAUUGGUGGUGGCCUGCCAAGCCAAAGUCAUGAUAUUCGCCUUGGGGAUGUCGUGGUUAGCUUUUCCAGCAACAGUCAGAGCAGUCACGUUCAAUAUGACCCGUUCGAAACUGCCUCGGGCUCAUUAAUACAAUCCUCAUUGUGCACAAGCUCGCCACCCGUCUUCCUAAGUACAGCAGUUACUCAGCUGAUGAUCGAGUAUGAGAAAGCGGGAAAUUCACUUAAGAGCAAGGUUCAUCGAGUCCUCGAAAAAUGGCCGCAACCACCGAAGAAAUAUCAGCGCCCAGGUCCAGUUUAUGAUCGGCUAUACCAAAGUCACGUUGUUCACGUGAACGAUGAUGAAACUUGCAACUCAUGUGGUGAUGACCUGUCUCACCUGGUUGUGCGAAAUUCCCGCCUUGAGAUUGAUGCUCCUGCAAUUCAUUACGGCCUCAUUGGCUCAUCGAAUCUAAUCAUCAGGGACGCUUCUUAUCGAGAUAAAAUCUCUGCGGAAACAGGCAUCUUAUGCUACAUACUUGAUACACCUGAUUGGGUAUUUCACUUUCCUUGUCUGCUGGUCCGAGGGAUAUCCGACUAUUGCGACUCACACAAGAACCGGGUAUGGUGGGGGUAUGCGUCCAUUGUUGCGGCUGCCUGUGCCAAAGACCUUUUAAAGCACAUCAAUCCAAGGCAGCUUGAACAAGAGGCAAAGAUAGGGGAUAUCCUGCUCAAUGGAGAUGCCAGCGUCCCUCGUGUCGGCAGGCAGAGCUCAGGGCUUGAAGUUGAAGAUGGGACUGAAAGUCACGUCGAGGCCGAGAGUGAAUAUGGGGCCGAGAGCGAAGACGUGGAUAAAAGCGAAGACGAGGUUAAGAGUACCAUAAUUUACGAGACUGAUCUUGAAAGUAUCCUUUCUGAGGGAUCGCAUCUGUCGUCCCAAUCAUCACAAAGCCAACUCGGCUCGAUCCUGAUAUUGGAGUUUGCCAAUUUGCUUCUGAGCGAUAAUGACUUGGGUCGAUUGUACCCAAAGGCUAUCUCCAAACUUGGGCUUGCAAAAUUCCAACGAAACUUUACACGCUUCCUGAAACGUUACGGCAAGGAUCUCACAAAUGAAGCAUCCAAUGAACGUCAAAGGCAAGCCGGUCAAUUCGUUUGUCAGGUUGCUCGAAGAACGGCGGCUCAAGUGGGCAAGACACUUGGGCAAGGGGGCGAUAAACUUCCAGUCGAACAGCUACCACUACUGAGUGGAUCUAGUUUGGCCGUGGUCGAUGCUUGGCUUAAUUCACAUGAGCAGCAUGACCCAAAUCUUGGACGAGAAGCCUUUGUCGAUGACAGUGAAUCAAGUGAGUCGGAGGACGAAAACCAGACCUCGCUUGAGACUCUGGAAGAGGUGAAAGAGUUCAUGGUCUCAACGAAAGCAUUCUCAACAUUGCGUCAGGACUUCUUGGAAUGGCUAGAAACUGGUAAAAGACAUGGUGAUAAAAACAUGACAAAGACUACCGAGCCGGUUCUUGAUAACCGAGAGGACCCCGAGAUCUCGCACCCAAUUUCCACACGAGGUUUGAUAUUGAUUGACCCCAUACGCAAAGUUCUUCUUUUCUAA